AAGCAAUUAGAAAGAAUAAUAAAAUCUGAAAGCAGGUUCACUCAACAGAGAAAUACAAUUCUCUAGAAUACAGCAAGUUUUCCCAGUACCGCCUGUAUCUGGAAUUAAAGUGAUUACAGGAAAUACGUGAAAUUUUCAGUAAGAGAACCACCAUGCCUGAAUGUUAUUUUCCUGAACAAAAAGUGAAAGUGGAGCUUCCAUAUUUUGUGUUAUAAAAGCUCAGGUUUAAGGGUUUUCAUUUCGUGCAGUGCUAGAAGCUGAACCAAGAUCGGAUUGUGAAGAGAAUUAAAAAAGUUAAGCUUGUCAUUUGAACAUCACCUAAUACCAAAACCAAUAACACUCGAUUUUAAUACACUGCUUGCGAAAAAUGUUGAAGAUUUAUCUACAGUGGUAGACACAGAAAACAUAGAAGUCGUCUCUGAAUAUUUUGGAUACUUAAUCAGUUACUUGUUAUAUGAUUGAUAAAAAUAGUAAACAAUAAAAGAGUAAGUAACUUCAGGAAUGUCUGAGGAUAUAUCAGCUGUCAAUUGUGGUGGUACUAAAAGUGAAAAUAUGAUUGAGGAGCAUGAAUUAAAUUCGCUAAAACUCUUGGAUAAAGCUGUGAGUGAUGCAACAAAAGUGGAUGCUCUUCAAGGUGUCGAGAGUGUUACAUUUGAUAAUGAGUGUAUACAAAGCCCUAUAAAUAUGAUUAUGAGUGAACCAGAAAUAACACAAUAUGACAACAAAAAAAUAAAUUCUGGUACUGUGGAAAGCAUGAUGGAAGAAACAGUCAUUAACACAUUUACACCAGUUGCAGAAGAUAAACAAUCAUGUGUUUUUCAAAUACCUGCAUCAAAUGAAUUUUCUACCAUUUAUGUUACAUCUCAAAGAACAAGCACUACACCAGUUGAAACUAUCCCUGAAAUUAUGAACAAAGCAAAUGAAGAAAAUUAUUUUAAUAAGAUUAAAAAAGGCAAUACAUUAAGCACGGAACCUGUUCCAGAAAAAAAAAUCAAACCCAUAUACAAUGGGAAUGAAUUAAAUAUUAAUUCUGAUAUCCUUGAAUCAAGAUUGUCAAUACUUUCUGUUAAAGGAACUACAAAAAAUGUUUUACAACAUAGGCGUUUUUCUCUUCCUUUUACAGCAAGUGAAUGCCAUGCCUCCAUACUAAAACAAUCACAAAGACAUUCUAUACAGUGUCCAGAAGACAAUUUAGCUCCAAGGUACUCCUAUCGCAACAUAUUUCAGCCAGAUCUCUCUAAUGUGGAAUGUUUAAAAAACCUAGGGAGGAAAGAACUAGAGGAGAUUUUAGAAGAUUCCUGUAAUUCAAAUAAUUUAGAAGAAGAAGAAAAUCUCACUGAAAGUGGUUUUGAUGAUAAAGGUUUCAUUUAUUCCCAAAUUUAUGAAGAUGAUAAUGAAGACAGUCCUGAUGAGUCAUCUGUAAUUUGUUUCGAAGAUGCAUCACAACUUAGCAUAGGAUCAAACAUUUUACGAGUAUCAUAUAAUUCAGAUGAUGAAAGUAACAUAUUUCAAAAAGAAAACAAUUCAAAAAAUGGUCUUUCAAGGUCUACACCUGAAGAUGCUAAACAAUCUUCUAAAAAUGAUGCACAGCAUCAGGUUAAAGCAAAUGAAAAGCAAUCUCCCUUGAACCUAUCUCAUUUUGACCAAAUCCUAAUGAUACCACAACCUGCGAGUCCAGGAGAAUUAAUUAAGGAGUUGGAAGAAACAAGUAACACUUAUUCUUCAAUACAGCAAGGAGUUUCUCUUUCAGAAUUUAGUUCACACAGUCAACAAGACAUGCAGAUUGAUGAAAGCUAUUAUACAGAAAAUCAAAUAUGUUGAAGACAAUCAAUAUCUACAUUACUAAUAGCCAUACCUUCUUUUCCAAUAUUAUAAAUAUA